AAAGCUCAUCCCACCCGGCGCCGCUACCUGCCUCACGAUAACCUCACUCUCUCUCAGUCGCAGGCGGGAAGUGUAAGAGUGUGUGUGUCCCUCCCCGCCUCAGACGUGCCCCAGUGACUGUCAAGCAUGGCGCGCCGCCCCCCUGCUACUGGGCUUCUGGCGCGCGCAUGUCUGCCGCUUCUCCUCCUGCUGGUGAGAACAGCGGCAGCACAGGAGGCUCACCAGGACCCCGCCAUCCCACUCAUGACGGAGGCGCUGCAGGAGGCGGUCCCGGCCUACCUCCGCGACGAGUCUUCUUUCUGGAACCUGUGGCAGUACUCGCUGGAAAAUGAUGUUCCCCGGGGACCCGUUAUCAGGGGUAGUGCAAGCUUCGAGGCUAAGACAGUGUUGGCUCCGAGCAUUGGCGCCGAAAUUAAUCUGGUGCCUCAGGAUGCCGGCGAUGUCCGUUUUGGCACCACCCCCGCCCUUCAGGCACUCCGCCGCGACUACCUCAUGGACCACCUGCUGCCCGACUCCCUGGCUCCCACAGAUCCCCGCAUCCUCGCCGGCGUCUCCUUCACCACGGCCUCCGGGAAGGAAGUCACUUUUACCAAGGAUGAGACUGGUGGCGUGCGGGUGAAUGGCGUGGCCGUGGAGCGCACCGCCAGCCUGGGCGGGGACACCUACGUCUACAUCCUCUCCGAUAUCCUUUUCGACAACCGCCAACGAGUCACCUCCGCCUUCCACCGCCACCACAACAUCGACCUGGCCAACGACCCCCUGGGACCCCCGCUGGACCUGGACGUACCCGUCAUCAGGGCCCCGGCACCUCCUCCCCCAGGCACCCCAGGCAUACCCAAGCCCCCAGCUACUCCAGUGUCACUCCAGGUCGUCAGAGCGCCUGCACCUCCUGAACAAAACGAGCCACGCCCCCCAGCCAGCCCUAUUGGAGUAGUCAGAGGCCCAGUGCUUUCUCCAGCAGCCUUACCUCCGGCGCCCCCUGAGGUGGUAGGGCCUCCCGCCGCCCCUCCGCCAGGCGUCGCAGUGAGGGGCCCCGCUGCGCCUCCUGGUAACACUCCACAACUGGGAAGAGUAAGACGCCAGCUACAGUUUCCAGCAGUAGAGGACGUCGUGAAGAGUAACCCCUUUCUAAGAAGUGGAGAUACCCAACGCUUUCCCAACCCUCCUCCUCUUCCCCUUCCUUCCCAUCACUCUUCCACUUCUUUCUCCUCUUCUUCCUCCUCCUCCUCCUCCUCCUCCUUGUCUUCUUCGUUUUCAUCAUUCGCUUCUAGUUUAUCUCCUCCUUCAUCGCCAUUCCCAACCUCAUCAUCAUCAUCUUCCUCUUCUUCUUCUUUCUUUUCGUCUUCCUCUUCUUCUUCCUCCUCCUCCUCCUCCAGCCAAAAUCAACCUCUUGCCCUUUAUAGUCUUCCUAAAGUAGACAGAAGGCAGGAAGCAGACGAGAAUGAUAAGAACCACCACAACCACCACAGCAAUAACAACAACAACACCAACAGCAACAACAGCAACGAGGGCAAGAGAGUAAGAGAGAGCGACGGAAACACACAACCAGAGGAGAGGGAACCAGUGAUGCUCAAACCGGAGACACUUGGCGAUCCUCUGGCCUCGAUUGACCUCUUCGCGACCCUGUUCCGCGGCGACCCUGACGGCAACUCAGGGACAGGGGCGGGGGUGGUGGAGGCUCUGCGGCGGGAGGGUCUUACCACGCUACUUCUCCUCCUAGAAACUUCGGGUCUGCUCAAUUUUCUUAUCUCCGGAGAACGCGGCCCAUACAUCGUCCUGGCGCCCUCGGAACAAGCCUUCGCGAGACUUACCCGUCAGGAGCUUCGUCAGGCAGCAAGAAGCACUGACCUCGCUUACCACAUACUGCCCCUUCAAAGCCAGCCAGCCCCGGAGGUGAACAAUGACGCAACUUUUGAAACCCUCCUCGGUCCAGCGGUGAGGUUUAAUGUGUAUGGUGAUUCCGUGUACGUGAACGGUGCCAAGGUGGUGAGGGGAGAUGUGCACUUCAAACACGGCACUAUACAGGUGGUGGAAGCGGUGUUGGCGGCGCCUGUCGGGGACCUACAUACUGUUCUGGUGGCGAGUGGUCCUUCCUUCAGCCGCGUCAAUACUCUGCUCUCCGUGGCUAACCUCUCUCUCAAGCUGCAAGACAGCUACACCCUCCUGGCGCCCCCGGACUCCGCCAUCACGUCCAAGGGUUACUCAUGGCCGCGUCUACUCAUGAGUCGGGAGUGCGGGCGUAACCUGAUGGCGCGGCACAUCCUGAAGGGGGCGUGGUACAGCGAGGGUCUGCUACACCGCCGCACCCUCACCACCCUGGCAGGCACCACUGUCACAUUCAGGAGAGACUCGGAUGGUACCGUGUCAGCCAAUGGCGUGCCCCUCAGGAUGCGGAACCUCACAGCGAACAACGGCGUGGUGCAUCUCAUAGUGGACGUGCUGCCGGAGUCUGACGUUGGAACCGACCCCACCAGCCUGCCCAUACCUCUGCUGGCCCACACCGAGGCGCCCACACCCCUGCACGCCCCUCCUGUCCUUCCCCCACUCCCCGUUCCCCCGCCUCCCCCUCCUGCUGCCCCGACAGUUAGCGGGUUAUACGAGACACCACGGCAAGAUGCAUUUCUCUCCUUCAUCCCAGCUAAAACUUCAGACACUCAGAAAAAUCCUUCGUUUAGGGAGGAUCUUAAGAGUAGAGGGACUUCUACACCUACUACCAUUACUACUACGACCACUGCGUCUCCUCCACGGCUUCUACGCGCGGAUGGCAUUCCAGAAAUCAUUCCCCAGCCUCCAGUGGGGAAGAUAAUGGCGCCUUCAGGUCAUCAACAACUUCUGGAGCUUUUGAAACUUGUGGACUGCGGAGGGCGGCCCGUGUCCCUGCCCGCCCCGCAUGCUAUCAUCAGGUCCCUCCCGCCCAGCCAGGCCCUGAGUCUCCUUGGGGUGCAGUCCGGGGUCCGCAUCAGGCAGGACGAGAACGAAGUGGUGGCGGCGAGCACUUUCAGGCAGCAGCAGGAGGCGGCGAAGGAGCAGGUGCACGCCAGCCACCGGGGUAACGCCAUCAGCACAGCAUACGUCAAAGUACCCCUGGGAACCACAAAGAACCAGCAAGAGGACACCAGACAGUCCCCAGCACCCGUGAGCCUGCCCCAGGGGUCCGUACGGCCUGUCCCGGUGGUGCCCCAGGGCGUGACGGUGUGGAGACCUCCUGGGGCGCUGACGGAGGGCGAGCGGCGACGAGUGGAUGUGGUGGGACUUUUGAAGCACCUUAAUCUGACGCUGUUCUCGAGGAUGGUGGAGAGAGCUGAUCUUUCCUUCGUUCUCAGCCUGGACGGUCCAUGGACAGUGUUUGCCCCAAGUGACGAAGCCCUCACCGCCAUUCCCAGAGACGCCUUCAGACAGAUCGUAUCCCAGGGGCCCUUCCUCCGCCGCCUCGUGUCCUAUCACCUCGCCCCGGGCCGCCUCACUCACUCCUCCUUCACUCCCGGCCUUCGCAUCCCCACCCUGCACGCCGGCCACUCCCUCCUCCUCUCCUACUACACCGACGGGCCCGCAGCGCAGCGGUGGGUGGCGGGCGGCAGCGUGGUCACCGCCUUGGACCAGCGGGCGAGCAAUGGCGUGGUGCAUGUAUUGGAUCGUGUGCUGUACCCUCCCUAUGGUGACCUGCCUACAACUCUGUCCCUCUCCCCCAUCCUCACGAUCUUCGCCGCCCUGCUGGCUAGACGUCCUUCCCUCUACCGCCUCCUCUCAGGUCCCGGUCCCCUUACUCUCUUCGCGCCCUCCGAUGCUGCUAUGUACAAUACUUCCCUGCCGAGAGAUCCAGAACAGCUAGACGCCUGGGUCCGCUCACACGUGGUGGAGGACGCCUGGUAUACCUCCGGGUUCUCUAACACGUGGCCACUCAUCUCCAUCACAAACCACACCCUCUCCACCAACGUGUCUCCCAGCCAAGACAAGAUCACAGUGAACGGCGUGCUGAUCACCUACGCGGACAUCACAGCCUCUAAUGGGGUGCUUCACGUGCUGCAGUCCCCCCUACUCACACCAACCUAGCCGUCAACAGAAAACGGAGCCUUACCUACGCUGCACCUACCCGCGCGUUUCAUCUUGGCAGCGAGACACGGGAGAAAGAGAGACCACUUAGGUUUUCUGCGAUUUACCGAACAUACUGAGGCUGUUUUCCCACUCUCUUCGUCUCUCCGUGUUCGUUAAUGAUUCCCAAGAGUAAAAUGCGCGUUUUACACUCUCGUUUAUUCGUUUGUAUAUAUAUUCUGUACUGUCUUUCAUUAUGUUUCGUUAUCUUUCGUCUCUCCGUUCGUUCGUUCCCCGCGCUACGAAGCCCUAUGGUCCCUCCCUCAGCUUAGACGGGAGAUUAGAUAAAGGUGAGCUGAACAUCGUAUGUAAGAGGGCAGGAGCACAGGUAGGGACAGGUAAAAGGUAACGCCCCUCACCUGAGUAAUCUUUAGCUGUACCUGAGGCGAGUGUGAUGUAUUUACAGGUAAACGUAAACAUGAUACCUUGGAAAUGUUGUUGACGUGUGUUAAGGUGAGGUGCUCUUAAGAUAGAUAGGCGCGCGUAGGUUUUAGACAGGUUGUAGGCAGGUAUGGACAGCUGGCUUGAUUCCUUCCUCGUCACCCAUCCAGCACCAUUACCAUUAUCGUUGUUAUUAUUAUUAUUAUUAUUAUUACUAUUAUUAUUAUUAUUAACGAAGGAGAUUAGCAAAUGGUAAAAUAUGGGAGAAAAAACCUGUUAGUCGCCAUUAACCCCUUUAGUGUUGGGAUGCAUUUUUACCUUGAGUUUUGGAUGUGAUUAGACGAUUUUAUUUACAUUAGAAAGGGUCUAUGGAGGCAGAAGAUUAAUGGCCAGAGUCUUCACUAUUCUAA